AUGCAUGGAAUGCCAACUUUCUUUUCACCUGGACAACUGGAGGACAUGUUAUUGCUGUUACUGGAGAUUGAAAAAAUGAUGCCCCUACUCUACAUGAGGUUGAUAUCUAAGGAACUAAAGUUGCAAAAGAAAGCAGUGACAUCUAAGGAACAAAUGAUGCCAACUUUCAUUCAGUUUGUAUUGUCCCCCUUAAUGCAGUCCGGGUAUGAUGUUGCUAUUAUGAAGGUAUGCCACUCCGGUUGUCUUUUUCACAUAAGUGACAAGGAGCUGUUGUAUUUAUUCAGACUAGGCUUAAAGAAAUGGUUGCCAGAGAUGAGUUCAGAAGAAGAAGAAGAAGAAACAAGGCCGCAACUAUAG